CCUUCUCGCACGGGUAGCAAGUUAGUGUUCGUGCAAAAACCGCCAUAGUAAACUUAGGAAAUGGAGAAGUACCGUGUACCAUGUUGACGACCGAACUAUUCGAAUAAUUCAAAAGAACCACUACACAAUUAUAUGUGCGGGUGUUCUUUCUUAAUUGUUUUACCUUAAGUACAGCUACGUUGUUUUGAAGAUGGCUCUCCGUGCCGCUGGUUGGCACGGUGCGGCCAGGUUGAUCUGCGUUCUGCUGCCCCUUACCGUAGCUCUGUUUUCGGUCGGAGUUGUUGGGAUUCAAGAGGAGAAACCCGUACAGGAACAACCGCCUGUAGAGAGAUCCCCCACAGGCCGACCCAAUGGCCCAGCAGUCAGCGCCGAUGACCCGAGCAAGGGGGAACUGGGCUUCAUCCAUGCUUUUGUGGCGUCCAUCUCUGUCAUCAUCGUCUCUGAGCUCGGAGACAAGACCUUCUUCAUCGCCGCCAUUAUGGCCAUGCGCUAUAACCGCCUUACGGUCCUGGUGGGCGCCAUGUUGGCUCUAGGGCUCAUGACCUGCCUAUCAGUGCUGUUUGGCUACGCCACCACCAUCAUCCCGCGCAUCUACACCUACUACGUGUCCACGGCGCUCUUCGCCAUCUUCGGCGUGCGUAUGCUGCGCGAGGGCCUGCGCAUGAGCCCGGACGAGGGCCAGGAGGAGCUGGAGGAGGUGCAGGCCGAUAUCAAGAAGAAGGACGAGGAGUUUCAGCGCUCUAAGCUGGUCAACGGCGGCCCAGACGUGGAGACGGGCUCCACCGCCAUGCCCCAGAGGGGCUGGAGCGGAGUCAUCUCGCCCAUCUUCGUCCAGGCCUUCACUCUCACCUUCCUGGCGGAGUGGGGGGACCGCUCACAGCUCACCACCAUCAUCCUGGCUGCCCGAGAGGAUCCGUUUGGAGUGGCGGUGGGCGGGACCCUGGGGCAUUGCCUUUGCACAGGGCUGGCCGUGAUUGGUGGACGGAUGAUCGCUCAGAAGAUCUCCGUCAGAACUGUUACAAUCAUCGGAGGCAUCGUCUUCCUCGCCUUUGCCUUCUCUGCCCUCUUCAUAAAACCAGAUGCUGGGUUCUGAUUGGAGCACGGGCUAGUGGCCUCUUGUAAAUAUCUGUUGGCCUCAGCGGCAUUGCUAUGGAGACAUAUGGACGUACUCCCGAACUGUGUGUGUAUGAGGAAAUAAUUGUGACUGAAAGUGAGGGGGGAAAAAAUUAGUUGUGGGACAGUGUUUUUGUGUGUAUGAGAGUCAGAGUCUGUCUCUGUGUGUGUGUGUAUGUGUAUGGGUUUAAGCUUGUGUCUUUACGAGCCCUGCAGCCCUCAAACUCUGAAUGCUACUGCUCUCUCUCACGGGCGCCCAGCUGUACUCUGCUGAACAACCUCUCCAACCCCGGUCUCGUUCUGCAUUCGGACGUCAGUCCGCUCUCCGCAUCAUGCUAUGGCUAUGACUUGAUCACACAACACCAGAACAAGUCGUAGUCUUUCAUUACAACCUGAACCAGCAGUUGACCGCCCCC